GCCACCAGCGCCGCGACCCGCUGUCAUUUUAAUACACGUGAGCGUAAUGUGGAGCAUAAAGUGAGGCGAGAGAGCGUACAUUAAUGUGGCACGGGCACCCAUGUGCGGGCUAAGUUUCAGGACCAGGAACAGCCCUUCGCAGAAAACCUCCCUUCGAUGGGGCGACAGCUGUUUCGCGCGUGAGCCGAGCGUGUAACGCACAGGCGACGGUCCGGGGUGCAUCAGUGCUGUGUCGCGCCAGUGCCGCGCUCUGUGUAACCUGUGCUCUCCUGGUAAUGGUGGGCGGUUUGAAGCCGAGCGGCGGGCGCCCGGCCAGCCACUGACCCUCCGCUGUCACCGAAUAUCGACGUGGGAUAUUUUAAUACAUAAAUAAGUUUAAGGAGCAACCAAGAUGAUCAACAUAGCCGGCGUGAUCUCCAUCAUUCUGUUCUACGUGCUGAUCCUGGCAGUAGGCAUCUGGGCCGGCCGCAAGAAACCGCCCGGCAAUGAUUCUGAGGAGGAAGUGAUGCUGGCCGGCAGGUCCAUUGGACUCUUCGUCGGCAUCUUCACUAUGACAGCGACAUGGGUGGGUGGCGGCUACAUCAACGGCACGGCCGAGGCUAUCUACACGUCGGGGCUGGUGUGGUGCCAGGCGCCCUUCGGGUACGCGCUCUCGCUCGUCUUCGGUGGUAUCUUUUUCGCGAAUCCUAUGCGGCGGCAGGGCUACGUGACGAUGCUGGACCCCCUGCAAGACUCUUUUGGCAGUCGCAUGGGAGGCCUGCUGUUUCUGCCGGCGCUCUGCGGCGAGGUCUUCUGGGCUGCCGGCAUCCUUGCUGCUCUAGGUGCGACUCUCGCAGUGAUUAUCGACAUGGACCACCGCACCUCAGUCAUAUUCAGUGCUUGCGUUGCCGUAUUCUACACACUAUUCGGAGGCCUUUACUCUGUGGCCUAUACCGACGUCAUCCAGCUAUUCUGCAUCUUCAUAGGGUUGUGGAUGUGCAUCCCGUUUGCGUGGGCUAACCCUCACGUCAAGCCACUCAGCUCCAUGGACGUGGACUGGAUAGGGAAGGUGGAUUCGGAGUAUUACUGGUUUUAUAUUGAUUACGGGCUGCUGUUGAUCUUUGGAGGAAUUCCUUGGCAGGUAUACUUCCAACGUGUGCUGAGCAGCAAGACGGCGGGACGAGCGCAGGUGCUGUCGUACGUGGCCGCCAUCGGAUGCAUCUUCAUGGCCAUCCCACCGGUGCUCAUCGGAGCCAUCGCCAAGGGAACUGCGUGGAACGAGACCGACUACCACGGUGAUCUGACGCCUAACGGCGAGCUGACGUCGGAGCAGACGUCGAUGAUCCUGCCGCUGGUGCUGCAGCACCUGACGCCUGACUACGUGUCGUUCUUCGGCCUCGGCGCUGUCUCCGCCGCCGUCAUGUCCUCGGCAGACUCCAGCGUGCUCAGCGCCUCUUCCAUGUUUGCCAGGAAUGUGUACAAGCUGAUCUUCAGACAGAACGCGUCGGAGAUGGAGAUUAUUUGGGUGAUGCGCGUCUCCAUUCUGAUCGUUGGUGUGUUGUCCACCGUCAUGGCGCUCACCAUCCCUUCCAUUUAUGGCCUCUGGUCGAUGUGCUCGGACCUGGUGUAUGUGAUCCUGUUCCCGCAACUCCUGAUGGUGGUGCACUUCAAAAAGCACUGCAACACCUACGGCUCGCUGGCGGCGUACAUCGUGGCGCUGCUGGUUCGACUCUCGGGCGGGGAGAAGCUGCUUGGGCUGCCGGCGCUGAUCCACUACCCUGGCUGGGACGAUAAGAAUGAAGUACAGUUGUUCCCGUUCCGAACCAUGGCGAUGGUCAUGUCGUUGUUCACUCUGGCCUUCAUCUCUUGGCUGUCUGUGUUCCUCUUUAACUCUGGCUACCUUAGCCCUGAAUCAGACUACUUCAACUGCGUGGUCAACAUUCCUGAAGACAUUAGACGCGUGGAUGAACCUUCCGAGGCUGGAGAACAGAUGUCUGUCCUCGGAGGAGUGCCGGGUAGGCUGUAUGGUGCGGCUUCCACUCUAGUAGGUCCUGAUGAAAAGUCUGGAAGAAUUAACCCAGCCCUGGAGCCUGAUGACGACGAUCUCGACGACCCCAACGACGGCCCUACACCACUAUUCGGCAACAGCAGCGCUCCCCCACCGGUCCAGCCGUUCGGCAAGCAGACGGCCUUCUGAGAUAAGUGCAGUUAUUAGUUUGUUUUCGUUUUGGUUACAACUGCGCGGGCGGGCAGUCAUGUGGCAAGAAUAUGAUAAAAAUAUAGAAAAUCGAUUUGCAGAAAUAACUGAAGCACUCUCAAGCUCUGCGUUCCAAUCACGAACUGUAUCGAGCGGCGUCGAGUGCCACUCCAUACAGCGUGUGCGGCGCAUUUCUGGACACAUUACUCCCCACGCCGCGCCACGCCACGUAUUUUGCGAUGAAUUUACUAUCACGUUAAUUUAAACAGACGAAUAAGAACGUUACAUCGAAACGUAAAGCGUUUGACUUCUGUAUUUUUCUAAACAUUUAGAUCGUAUGCUCAACAUUCAUACAUAUCUUCCGCUGUUUUGCGUUUAAAAUAUUUAUUUAAUAUAAUAUAUAACUCACGCGCAACUGAUUUUAGUGUCGUGUGUAAUGCAUAUUAGUAUUGUUUAUAGUGGAUGUAUACACGAGUAAAUGUAUCUUGUAUAUUAGUGUUAUGUCUACUGUAUUGUGACUCAUGCAUAUCAACAUAGUGAUACGUUGUUUAUAUCGAUGAAGAUUCCUUAUUUAAGUCAAUUAAUGUAGGAGCGCACGCCAGUGUACACGUGCUUUGUAGCUGAACGUGAGACCACCCCUGACGUGACGUCACUUGAGUGCACGUAUCUGCCACACGAGGGAAUCGUUUCAUAUUAAAACGAAAGUGGUGGUUUUCUACUCAAAAUGUCUACUUUUUGAGUAACUUCUGCCAAUGAGAAUUAUUUUCUAUGUAAUAUAGAAACUGAUUUCCUCCAAGAAUACUGAAACAUAUCGCUUUUAAAGCACACAAAAUUUAAAGUAACAGUUUAGUUUGUAGUUAUAUUUGUUUAGAUAUAUCGGAGAAGCUUUUGUAUCUGUACUUAGCGAGUACAUUUAGGCGCUGUACGGAUUUUAUAUGAGCUUUAUUUACAUAGUUUUAGAAACCGAAUUUAUUGUUUAGGAUUAACGUUGAACACAGACGGUUAUAAUAGAACGAAUGAUAUUUAAUGUUCUAACACACUAUCUGUAACCGUUAAUACACUCGAAUUAAACUUUCUACUUCACAAGGAGUUGUUAUCGGAGCUCGUAUAAUGAUGGUCAUAGAUAAGCCUGACCUGUAGCGAUUUUGUUAAUAAAAGAACAAAACAUUAAUAGAGAGUGUAAUCGAUCGACAGAAUUGAUUCUGCUUUAUAGAGAGCAAAUAUCACUGAUUACAAACGUACGUUAUAAUCGGAUACCGAUAAAAAACGAUCGUCUACGUUGAACGUUGUUUUUGGAUACGCGAGUUUCUUAUUUAGGAUGUAUGUUUAAUGUUUAUGUUCUAAGAGUAAAAUGUAAAAUCAAAAAAUAUUUAAAUGCAAAUGCAGCCAUAUAUUAAAUAAUAUACUUAAAGAAAAUGUAUAUGUAUUAUUAAAAUAAACUAUAUUUUGAUUUAAACUUUGUGAAAAAUUAUCAAUUUUAAAAUUUAUGUAGAAAUCAUUAAUACUGAGCAAUAAUAUUCUAAAUAAAGAUUUGAACCUCAAUUAAUAAUUACUUUGAUAAGAUUGACAAAUUAAUACUUGAAGGACUUGACGAAAGUUAUGAUAUUCUUGAGACGAAACUAAGGAAUGAACCAAGAGUAUUUAUGGAAAUUUACAUCGAUUUUCAAUCUUUGAUAAUUGGAGAAAAAUGAAGUAAUCAAUUUUGCUGAGAUUAUGACCGACAUAUUUGGUAUAAUAUUAAAAAUGCACGAACUACAUUCAUUUGAACAAAAUUACUAAGACUGUAUUCUAGUAAUACGAAGUCGGUUAUAAAUAAAAUUAAAGUUAAUUGAAUCAUUCAAUGCUGAGAAAGAAUUUAUAAAAUGUACAUUCUAUGGAAUAUACCAAAAAAGUAUCUUGGGUGAGAUUUUAGUGUGAUAUGUACGAACAAAUGGGAUAGAAGUAAAUUAUUUAAAAUUUCCAAAGUUCUAAGACGGUUUCUAAGGGUAACGGUUAUCAUACUAGAAACUAUUUUAAAAAUCUUAUUUUUACAAAAUUCGAUUGUUCUAAAUUUAAAAAAUCGAAGUUUAAUCAAAACAUAACCUAUCGGAUUAAUACAAAAUCCCGGAGUUUUAUUUAAACGUGUCAUUAUCUAUGACAAAUCCGUCAUUACGCGUCAGUGGCGUUUGCUGGCGUGUGAUAAAUGUGUAUAUUUAGCUUAAUCACGUGACGUGUCGUUCUAAGUGUUGUAAAUCGGCUUUUGACUUGUUUUAUUCAAUUUUUAUAUAGAUGUUGUGUUGCGCCGUUCUACGUGGACUGGGCACUUGGAUAAAAUGGAAUGAAUAAAAAUUUGAAGAAAAAAACUAUAAUAUAUCUAUUUUUUCAUGUUACUAGAAAGAUGAUUUCGUUUAUCUGUCUUCAUUAUUUUAAUGAAAUAUUUGUCGUAAAAUAUGCAUAAUAUAAAUCGUAAAGUUUGUAAAAAACGAAUUUAUAAAAUAGUAACAUAUGAUAUAAUCUUAACUACACUAAUUUAACCUGUCUUAGAGAACGAUAAUUUGUUCGGCCAUUUGAGAAAAAAGUACUUUAUAUUUCUGAGUAUUAGUAUUGAUAUUUUUUUUCUAAAAAGUGGUUAUUUUGUCCAAGUUCCCUGUCCACAUACUAUUGUGAUAUAGCACACUCGCCUGUACUUAUUGCUGAGACUUCGAGGAACCUAUACAUAUCAAUGUACGUGACUUAUCUUUAAUAUAGCGUUAGUAUAUGGACAUAUCGUAUGUUAAGUGUAGAUAUAGCAUUGGUUGUUGUUCUUUCGACGUUGCUUUCUAAUAUAAUACGCGUACUGUUAUACCAAAUAUAGAAUUUAUUACAAAUUAUAUGUUUACCUAUUUACAAGGCAUGGAUUUAGGGUUAUUUGUCGGGGCUGUAGUCCACCGUUGACUCGCAAGACGACGUUUUGUUUGUAAAAAAAAUAUUAUAAAGAUUGAAUUUUAUUGUCUGUUCAAUAUUUAAUUCAAAUAAAAUAAUUUAUGACCUAAUUCAGGUAUUUUGCUAAAAGCAGUAAAACAUGCCCGUUAUGCGGCCUUUAUUUGGUUAUUGAUACUUAAAAUUUUAUUAUCCACAGCAGAUCUCUUAUGUCGUAGGAAAUUGUUAUAAUAUUUAUGUAUAUUUUAAUGUUUACGUGAGUAGAUAAUUUAGAAUAAAUAUACCUUGUAUCAGAAAUAUAUGAAGCAAUAUAUUUUAAUGAUCUAGCUGUAAGCAAAAUAUAUUAUUUUAAAUGAAAUUAAGCAAAACUAUAUUUUAUUGUCUAUAUAAAUAUAUAUGAUUUCUGGAGAAUAUCGCUUUAGAAAUUAAUGGGCCAUUUUAAAAAUAAAUGUCCACCGUUUUUACUUGAGUUCGCCUCUGUUAUUCUCAAUUUAUAAAUUUAUAACUCAUUUAAACUUUGCAUUUCAGAAUAAGUAAUAACUUAUGAAAUUUUUAACGAGGUUUGUAGGUAAAAAAAAUAUUGGUCUACUGCUUUGAGAAGUUUUGUAACUUAUUUUCUUCGUUAAAGUGUUUAUAUAGCGUAAUGUAAAAUACAUUAUCGAAUUAAAAAAAGUUUUGUUGCUCUUUUUAUUGAAAAAUCUAUAUUUUGAAGUAUAUUAUGAAUCAUGAUACAAUUAAGAUUGAAGUCAAAUACUGCAAUAUAAUAUUUAUGUCAUUUCUCAAACUAUGAGACCUUUGUAAAACUUACAGUUUUUUAUGAAAACCUUAUUUAAUCUAUAUUUGUUUUGACAUGUUUGUGUAAAAACAUUUUAGUUUUACUUAUCAACUUUGUAUCUGUGUUCAAUACUUAUUCAAUAAAAUUUAGAUCUUUAUGAAUUUGAAUAAUAGGAACGUAAUUUUUUAGGCGAUAUUCUCACGUACGCCGAUAUUAGAAAGCGAUAGUCCCACUGUUAGUUAGUAGUUAUACCUAUUGACUUAUUCCUAGAUCUUGUUAAAUAUUUUGAACAAAUAUUAUAUUAUGUGACAUAUGAAUGUACGUUGUGAACUAUGCGGGUGACCUGCGACAUAAUAAAACAUAUAGCAUGUUG